CCGCGGCCCUUAUAGUUCCGGUUGUGGCGCCCGGGCGGAAAGUUGAAGCAGACGGACUGUGGCCGGAGAUGGGCUUGGGCAUUUCACUAUUUGUAGCUUGUUGUCUGCAUUCUGACUGGGCUGGCUUAGAUUCUGUUCACCAUGCCAACAGUGGUGGUGAUGGACGUGUCCCUCUCCAUGAUUCGGCCUGUGUCAGUCGAGGGGUCUGAGGAAUACCAGCGGAAGCACCUUGCAGCCCAUGGGUUGACAAUGCUGUUUGAGCACAUGGCCACAAACUACAAGCUUGAAUUCACAGCAUUAGUGGUUUUCUCAUCGCUUUGGGAGCUGAUGGUCCUCUUCACAAGAGAUUAUAACACCCUGCAGGAAGCACUGAGUAACAUGGACAAUUACGACAAGACAUGCCUAGAGUCCGCACUGGUUGGUGUCUGUAACAUUGUUCAGCAAGACUGGGGAGGUGCGAUCCCUUGCCAGCUUCAGAGCACCGAUUUCCUGGAAUGCCUUGAAUGUCUCAUAGACCUCAACAAUGGUGAAGGGCAAAUUUUUACUAUUGAUGGCCCCCUGUGCUUGAAAAACGUGCAGUCUAUGUUUGGAAAGCUGAUAGACCUGGCAUAUACGCCUUUCCAUACUGUGCUCAAGUGUGGCCACCUGACCGCUGACGUCCAGGUCUUCCCCAGGCCAGAGCCAUUCAUUGUAGAUGAAGAAAUCGAUCCUAUCCCAAAAGUCAUUAACACAGUGUGCCAAUGAGUCAGGCCUGACCCUGAAUGUGCCAUGCAAUAUAUAGAGCCCAGAGGCAGGCCUGCUGGACAUGCUGGUGAUGAACCUGGUCCCUGUCUACCAGAAAGGCGAUCUCUUCUAUGUUGGAAACUUCCUCCACAAUUAUAGACAGUGGGGGACA